AUGCCGACCUUGUCCCUCACCAACUUCAACAUUGUGUGUGCCGUCCUUGGAGGAUUUAUCACCGUCUUCGGCCUUGUGAGUUACUUGUUCAAGGAGCGGUUCUAUCUCUCCGAAGCACUGAUUUCGCUUGUGGCUGGCAUCAUCUUUUCUCCCAACGCGACCGACCUCAUCAAGCCCCUCGAGUACGCCGCCGGCUCCGAAGAAAGCCUCGACUACAUCACCCUCUACUUCACGCGCCUUGUGUUAGGCGUUCAGUUGGUGCUUGCCGGCGUCCAGCUGCCGAGCAGGUACCUCUACACAGAAUGGAAGCCUCUGGCGUUGCUCCUCGGUCCUGGAAUGUGUGGCAUGUGGGUGUGUGCAAGUCUGCUUGUAUGGGCCAUGGUCCCGCAUCUGAGUUUCCUCCAUGCCCUUGCCAUCGGAGCAUGUGUCACCCCGACCGAUCCCGUGCUGUCCAACUCUAUCGUUAAGGGCAAGUUUGCGGACAAGAACAUUCCCAAACCACUACAGAAGAUCAUCAUUGCCGAAUCGGGCGCCAACGACGGUCUCGGGUACCCGUUCUUGUUCCUCGCGCUCUAUCUGAUCAAGUACACCCAAGAAGGGGGCGUAGGCCAACCGGGAGGCGCAUCAAAAGCUAUGGGAUAUUGGUUCGGAGAAACGUGGGGAUACACCAUUUUAUUGAGCGUGGUUUAUGGCGCUGUCGUGGGCUGGCUUGCAAAGGAACUCUUGCACUUCGCCGAGGAGAGGAAGUUUGUGGAUCGCGAGAGUUUUCUCGUCUUUGCCAUUACCCUGGCUCUCUUCAUAACCGGCACUUGUGGGAUGGUUGGUUCGGACGACGUCCUGGCUUGCUUUAUUGCUGGAAACACGUUUACUUGGGACGACUGGUUCCGGCUCGAAACUCAAGAUGACUCUCUUCAACCGACGAUUGAUAUGUUGCUCAACAUCUCUGUCUUCCUCUGGUUCGGCGCCAUAUGUCCCUGGGCAUCGUUCCGACAUAACAAUGUCAUUCCGAUCUAUCGCCUAAUCCCACUCGGAAUUCUGAUCUUGCUCUUCCGCCGAGUCCCCGUUGUGUUUGCCAUGCACAAAAGAAUCCACCAGAUCGAGGAAUUCCAGCAGGCUGCAUUCGUGGGUUUCUUUGGCCCCAUUGGGGUAUCAGCUAUAUUCUAUCUCUACGUCAGCAUUGACUUUCUGCGGCAGGUCACAGUUGACGGUAGGGUGCGCGAAGAUGCAGUUCGGCUCGAAGAGGUCAUGAGGGUGGUGAUUUGGUUUUUGGCCAUCUGCAGCAUCGUCGUUCACGGUCUGUCGAUACCACUGGGCAAGUUGGGCUAUCAUCUUCCACGGACCAUGUCUCAGGCUCUCAGCAGUGAGAGGGAGGAUGACGAACCAGAUAUCCACAUGGGACCGUCGCCUCAUCGCAGAUCAACAAGUCAACUGCGGCACAGGAAAGCCAAUGGCCGUAGGGACAAGUCUCGUCCCCCAAGUCCCGCAGCGUUUAUGAUCGGGCAAGGAAAUACAACAGCAUCAAUCACCAUGGAUUUAGAGAGUGCUCAGGAACCUGCUCGGCCCGUCCGCAUUAUCGAAGAUACACCCAGGGGAGGGUCUCCGGUGGUUGCGACGACGACUCUCGGAGAGCAGCUUGAGGGCCUCGGAGAGCAGCUUGAGCAACGCGGAAGAGAGCUUGCGGAGUCGAAGACUUCUGAAGAAUUCAAGCCAACCCAAGAGGUAAAGAAGGUUUGA